GCUGCCCCGGCCCCCCUCGGCCUCCGGCGGCGAGGCGGGGGAGAGAGGAGAUGCCGACCCAGAGGGACAGCAGCACCAUGUCCCACACGGUCGCGGGAGGCGGCGGCGGCGGGGACCAUUCCCACCAGGUCCGGGUGAAAGCCUACUACCGCGGGGAUAUUAUGAUAACACACUUUGAGCCUUCCAUCUCCUUUGAGGGACUUUGCAAUGAGGUUCGAGAUAUGUGUUCUUUCGACAAUGAGCAGCCAUUCACCAUGAAGUGGAUAGACGAGGAAGGAGAUCCGUGCACGGUGUCUUCUCAGUUGGAGUUGGAAGAAGCGUUCAGGCUUUAUGAGCUGAACAAGGAUUCUGAGCUCUUGAUCCAUGUCUUUCCUUGUGUACCAGAGCGUCCUGGAAUGCCGUGCCCAGGAGAAGACAAAUCCAUUUACCGCAGAGGGGCCCGCCGCUGGAGAAAGCUUUACUGUGCAAAUGGCCACACCUUUCAAGCCAAGCGCUUCAACAGGCGUGCUCACUGUGCCAUCUGCACAGACAGAAUCUGGGGACUAGGACGACAAGGAUAUAAGUGCAUCAACUGCAAACUGUUGGUUCAUAAGAAGUGCCACAAGCUUGUCACAAUUGAGUGUGGCCGCCAUUCUUUACCGCCGGAACCAAUGAUGCCAAUGGACCAGUCACCCAUGCAUCCAGACCAUGCGCAGACAGUAAUUCCAUAUAAUCCUUCAAGUCAUGAGAGCUUGGACCAAGUUGGGGAAGAAAAGGAGGCCAUGAACAGCAGGGAGAGUGGGAAAGCCUCGUCCAGUUUAGGUCUUCAGGAUUUCGAUUUGCUUCGCGUCAUAGGGAGAGGGAGUUACGCCAAAGUACUGUUGGUUCGGUUAAAAAAAACAGAUCGCAUUUACGCAAUGAAAGUUGUGAAAAAAGAGCUCGUCAAUGAUGAUGAGGACAUUGACUGGGUGCAGACGGAGAAGCAUGUGUUUGAGCAGGCGUCCAACCACCCUUUCCUUGUUGGGCUGCAUUCUUGCUUCCAGACAGAAAGCAGGCUGUUUUUUGUCAUAGAGUAUGUGAAUGGAGGGGAUCUCAUGUUUCACAUGCAGCGACAGAGAAAGCUUCCUGAAGAGCAUGCCAGGUUUUACUCUGCAGAAAUCAGCCUAGCACUAAACUAUCUUCAUGAGCGAGGGAUAAUUUACAGAGAUCUGAAGCUGGACAAUGUGCUGCUGGACUCAGAAGGACACAUUAAACUCACUGACUAUGGCAUGUGUAAGGAAGGGUUGCGGCCUGGAGAUACUACCAGCACUUUCUGUGGGACUCCCAAUUACAUUGCUCCUGAGAUUUUAAGAGGAGAAGAUUAUGGCUUCAGCGUCGACUGGUGGGCUCUCGGGGUGCUCAUGUUUGAGAUGAUGGCAGGAAGGUCUCCUUUUGAUAUCGUCGGGAGCUCUGACAAUCCUGAUCAAAACACGGAGGACUAUCUCUUCCAAGUCAUUUUGGAAAAGCAAAUCCGCAUACCACGUUCUCUGUCUGUGAAAGCAGCAAGCGUGCUGAAGAGUUUCCUCAACAAGGACCCAAAGGAACGAUUGGGUUGUCAUCCGCAAACGGGGUUUGCUGACAUUCAAGGACACCCGUUCUUCCGAAACGUGGACUGGGACAUGAUGGAGCAAAAGCAGGUGGUGCCACCCUUUAAACCAAACAUUUCUGGAGAAUUCGGUUUGGAUAACUUUGACUCCCAGUUUACCAACGAGCCAGUGCAGCUCACGCCAGACGAUGAUGACAUCGUGAGGAAGAUUGAUCAGUCUGAGUUUGAAGGCUUCGAGUAUAUCAACCCUCUCCUGAUGUCUGCAGAAGAGUGUGUGUGACCCUCACUUUCGCUGUGCGGUCCGCGUGCUGCUGUUUCCUGCAUGGACCGACCCUAGCCUGCUCCUAGUUAGCAUUCUGUGUCUUUUGAUAUCCUGUAUUAGACUAUAGGAAUCACAUACCUAAGUAAAGCUAAGAAAAAGAAAUUAAAACUGGCUCCCUGACAAUCAUGUCAAACUUUCCUUAUGCUUGCUCCCAGAGGCCUGCGAAUGAGUGAGGAAGUUGUCUUUUGUGUAAAGAAGCCUCUGCUGUGCCUGACGCAAGGCAGGG